ACAACCUAAGCCAAACACCCCUUCUCUGCCUUUUUCUCCUCUUCUUCUCUCCUCUCUUUCUUACAACCUUCGUGCAUAUCUUUUUUUCUCUCUCUCUCUCUCUCUCUCAGUUCACACUUUCGAGGAAAAAAAGAAAAUAAAGAAGAUUUAUUGUUUAUUUCAAAAAUAAUUUUCGUACAAGAAAUCAGGAGGAGAAGGAAGAAACAAUAAUAAAUUUGUUUUGACUGUAAAUUUUUGAAGGAAGGAAGGAAGGAAGGAAAAGGUCUUUUGGUUGGGAGUGAAAUGAAGGGCGGUUCUUUCUCUGCGGUUCUUGCUUUUUUGUGGUGUUCUGUUGCUUUUGCGGGAGAUAUUGUUCACCAGGACGAUGUUGCCCCAAAAAGGCCCGGUUGCGACAACAAUUUCGUCCUGGUUAAGGUGCCGGUUUGGGUCGACCAUAGAGAGCAGAGGGAGUUUGUCGGGAUCGGCGCGCGAUUUGGUCUAACAUUAGAAUCGAAAGAGAAGCGCGCGAACCAGACCAGAAUCGCUCUCGCAGAUCCUCCCGAUUUUUGUACUAGCCCGACGAAUAAGCUCGCGGGAGAAGUCGCUGUGGUCGACCGAGGCAAUUGCAGCUUCGUCAGUAAAGCUAAAGUUGCGGAAGCUGCCGGUGCGUCAGCACUGCUCAUCAUAAACUACCGGACAGAGUUGUUCAAGAUGGUUUGCGAAGCGAACGAGACGGACGUGUGGGUGCGCAUACCCGUCGUCAUGCUCCCGCAAGACGCAGGUGUGGCCUUGAAGCAGAUCAUGCAGAAUAACACUUCACACGUUUCAAUACAAAUGUAUUCUCCGAAGCGACCAAAGGUCGACGUGGCUGAAGUGUUCUUAUGGCUGAUGGCUGUUGGCACCAUCCUGUGUGCAUCUUAUUGGUCGGCGUGGACAGCGAAAGAAGCCGCGGUCGAGCAGGAGAAGCUUUUAAAGGAUGGUUCCAUCGACGAGGAUGCUUGUCAGUCUACUGGCAUCGUGGAUGUGGGCGUCGCCUCGGCUGUUUUCUUCAUUGUGAUCGCGUCGUGUUUCUUGGUGAUGCUUUACAAGCUGAUGUCGUAUUGGUUCAUCGAGAUUCUGGUGGUCGUGUUCUGCAUUGGUGGCGUCGAGGGCUUGCAAACUUGUCUUGUCGCUCUGCUAUCAUGUUUCAGAUGGUUUCGAACGGCAUCGGAGUCCUUUGUCAAAGUUCCUUUCGUAGGCCCUGUAUCGCAUCUCACACUCGCCGUGUCACCAUUCUGCGUUGCAUUCGGCAUUCUAUGGGCUCUACACCGUCGUCACGGUCCAUUCGCCUGGAUCGGACAAGACAUACUUGGCAUUGCGCUGAUAAUCACGGUUCUACAGAUCAUACGCAUCCCAAAUCUUAAGGUGGGAACAGUUCUGCUCGGCUGCGCCUUCCUUUACGACAUUUUUUGGGUGUUCGUCUCGAAAUGGCUAUUCCACAAGAGCAUAAUGAUCGUGGUAGCACGCGGCGACGGGAGCGGGGAAGAUGGCAUCCCGAUGCUGCUGAAGAUCCCGCGGAUGUUCGACAAGUGGGGCGGAUACAGCAUCAUCGGAUUUGGCGACAUUAUCUUGCCGGGUCUGCUUGUCGCAUUCUCCCUCAGGUAUGACUGGCUGUCGAAGAAAACCCUGAAAGCUGGAUACUUCAUCUGGGUGAUGCUCGCCUACGGUUCAGGUCUUCUGGUAACGUACGUGGCCCUGAACCUGAUGGACGGACAUGGGCAGCCGGCGCUACUCUACAUUGUCCCAUUCACUCUAGGGACGAUGAUAGGAUUGGGGAAGAAGAGAGGGGACUUGAAGCAUUUGUGGACACGAGGCGAGCCUCACCAGCCGUGCCCGCACGUCGCCCCUGCUCAACAACAGCAACAUCAACAAUGAACGAGAGAGUUGAGAUGAGAACUAACUAGGACACUUGUAUACACAGGAGAUGUAUAUGUAGAGUAAUUACAGUAACAAAGGAUGUUUGCAUUUUUCUUGGCUGUUUUUGCA